AUGUCAACCCCGAACCCGUUAAGAUCCUCACAACGGACCGCGAUCGCCCGAAACCAGACAUUCAGAAAACGUCUCCAUACAGGGCUCCAUCACAAGUUCAAAGAACUAGAAGAAAGAUGCGGGGCUAAGAUAUUCUCCCUUGUACUCAGAGAAAACAGUCAGCUUUACGUUUACACAACAGAGCACUCGUCUGACUGGCCACCCAAGCCCCUCGAUUUCGACAAACUCUGUACAGUACGUAUAGGUUUCAACGCCUCUCAAAUCAGCUCAUAUCCACGUCCAAAAAUCUUCACUUCGGUUGAUGUAACACUACCACGACACCGAAACCUAUCGCAAAAAGCGACUGCCCAACUAGACAGUGACGGUUUUGAAGGCGACAUACUAAAUCAUUCAAGGCAAGCUUACGACGGAGAAGGGGAGGAGGGCUUUUCGUUCCCCAUCAAGAUAUUAGAGGAGGAUGUCCUGGGAGGCAACGGUCACACCUCCCAGCAUAAACCCGAAUCAUCGUCGCCAGUGUUCGAGCCGCUCAGAUGGCCAUCUGGCACACUUUUCACUACACGAGAAGGUCAACUCUGA